UUGAAUAUGGCGCUGUUUUAAAAAGGAAAUUGUCUACAGAUAAUAAUUUCAUUCAAGAUCAAAAAAAUACUAACAUUUGAUCUCAGAAAUUACGGUCAACGGCUAGAAGUAAAUUUUACUUGAGUUUUAAUUAACACAUUAAGUAUAAUAACAUAUAUUUAUAAUAAUUAUUAUAAUUACUUAUAGAGUACUAAUCCCAAAUUGUACCGACGCGACGCGACACCGCCAUGUCUUUUAAAUGACAACCAGACAUUGAAAACUAUAUUUUUAAUUGCACAAAUAAAUUAUCGACUCGAUGAGACAAUUAUAUACUUACUUAUUUCAAUAAAUUUACACAGAACAUGAAUGAACAUUACAUGCACUCAAAAACUCACAAUAUUUUUGACAGGAAAAACACCCAUCUGUGUAAAUGUUAAACAUUCUCGCCUAGGUACCUAAAUAGUUUUUUUUUUUUAAGUUAUGUUAAGGAUUCUCGACGUCAUAAUCUCCAAUAACCGACUUUUGUAUUCGCCCGUACCUCUUCUCCUCUUUCUCCUUUGCGUAUCAAAUUACCCAGUUUCCCCUACACUAUCAAAAUUCAAAACUAGUUUAUUACUUAUAAAUUAUGUGUGUGGUGUAAAUAACCUAUAAGGUUUACUUAUCUUUCUAUUGAACAAUAAAACAAGCAUAAUAAAAUUAUGAAUUCCAGAAAGUACAUAGUUUUGAAUCCAUUCGUGGGUGAACCUAAAAAAGAAGAUUUUCAAAUUGUAGAAGAGCAAUUAUCUGAUUUAAAAGAAGAUGAAUUCCUUGCGGAAGCUGUAUACAUCAGUGUCGACCCGUACCAAAGAAUGAAAUUGGGAAACGUAUACCCAUGCGACAUGAUUGGAGGACAAAUUGCUAAAAUUAUUAAAUCAAGAAACUCUGAAUAUCCUGUUGGAACAUUUGUAAUGGGUCAUUUCGGUUGGCGAACUCAUACUAUUACUAAACCAAGUAACGAAAAAUUUUGCGGACAAAAACCAUAUAUGUAUGUGCUUCCUGACUUCGAAGAUCUACCUCUUUCUUUAGGAUUGGGCGUCUGUGGAAGAGUGGGGAAUACCGCAUACUUUGGUUUCACGGAAAUAUGUCAACCAAAAUGGGGUGAAACAGUUGUCGUAUCUGGUGCGGCCGGCGCCGUGGGCUCUCACGUUGGACAAAUUGCAAAAAUUUUAGGUUGUAAAGUUAUAGGAUUUGCUGGUACAGAAGAAAAAUGCAAAUGGUUAGUGGAAGAACUUGGUUUUGAUCAUGCUGCUAAUUAUAAAACUGUAACAGUAGAAAAAUUCCUCAAAGAGAAUGCUCCUAAUGGCAUAGACUGUUACUUUGAUAAUGUAGGUGGGGAACUUAGUAGCAUUAUAUUAGCACACAUGAACAAUUUCGGCAGAGUGGCUGUAUGUGGGGCCAUAUCCAACUAUAACGAAACAGACCCAGCUAAACGGAAAGGCAUUCUAUUUUCCAGCUACAACACUCCAGCCAUUUAUUGUAGCCAAACAGUUAAAAAUAGAAGGAUUUCUCGUGAACAGAUUCGCAGAUAAAUCAAUGAUGGGAAUUAAACAAAAUCUUAAAUGGGUAAAAGAAGGAAAACUGAAAUAUAGAGAACAUAUUUCGGAGGGUUUUGAAUCCGCCGCAGAUGCAUUUAUUGGUUUGUUUAGAGGCGAUAACACUGGAAAGGCGAUCGUUAAAGUGAUAUAAACUAACUAUGCGCUAUUGGUUUAGGUAAUUAACUAAAUGUAAUCAAAUCAUAAAAAGGCAUUUUACCUGACCAUUCUCUUAAUGGAACUCGGCGUAACAGAAAUAAAUGUCCUACAUACCAUUUUACAAUGUUAUUCUCGUUUAUUAGCUAUUUAGUUCUUAAAAAGUCUUUAUAAUUAAUAAUUUUUACGAGUCAAUACAAUCAGUCAUUUAAAUUAACAAUGCUAUUAUAAAGCAUCGCUAUCUAUCAACUAUAGAAAACGUAAAACAACUCUAUUAUUACAAUGGAAAGUAAUAGAUGACCGUGUAUAAUUUAAGAGUUUGACUGUCAUGUACCACGACAUUAAAACUGACCGAUAUUUAACUCAAUCGGUUGAACAGUCCUCGAUAAAUUCUGCAUUGUAGAUUUUUCGUUUCCAUCAUCUUUUUUUUGUUUUAGAUUACUAUUUAUUGUUGUUCUGUUCCUAAACUGAAUUUAAUCGUUCAAAUUAAGUUGUAUGUAGUAGUUUCAUUGCUACACCAGUCUUCGUAAACACUUUCGUAAGAAAAGGUCUAAUACCAAGGAAUCAUAAAAUUAUUAUGUCAUUUUUUGUUUACAUUAAGUUAAAUACCUAAACUGAUAAAGUAUACAUUAAGUUAUUAAAUAAAAUGUGAAUUUAAUAUACAAAAAGAAUUCUAUAAUUAUUUUAAAUAAAAAUAUUCAUCAUCUCCGUUUACGUCUUUUUGGAGAGGGUGAGUUUUGUGAAGAGC